UAUGUAUAUUUAUUUUUAUUUCCGUUCGCUUGUUUACGGUUGACUUAUCUGAGAGCGGGAAGUGGAACCCGAAAAGACGAGCGAUGGCGGAGGAGAAGGCCGGCGACGCGAGCGCCGAGAAGGGAUCGCCGCCGCCGCAGCCGCCGGAGAAGGCGACGGACGACAAGGGGGACGCCGUCUCCGUCGAGCUCCCGGCGCCCACUGGAUGGAAGAAGAAGUUCAUGCUGAAUGAGGAUGGAACUCCAAGAAGGAAUGAGAUUGUUUUUGUAUCACCAACUGGUGAGGAGAUCAAGAGUAAGAGACAGUUACAGCAGUACUUGAAGUCUCACCCUGGAGGCCCCCCUUCAUCUGAGUUUGACUGGGGAACCGGUGACACCCCGAGGCGUUCAGCGAGAAUUAGGGAGAGAGCCAAGGCAAUAGAGACCUCAGAAGAUGAGAAGCCGAAAAAGAGAGAAAGGAAAUCAUCAAGUUCCAAGAAAGCUGCAAAACAGAAGAAAGAUGACAGCGAUGUAGUGGAUGGAACUCCCGGCGCAAAGGAGGAUGUCACUGUCGAAGAAACUGAAGUGUUUGCUGAUGUCCAAAUGAAAGAGGCUGAUGAUGCAAACAAGGUCAAAGAUGGGAACACGGCUACGGAAGCAGCAAACGAGGAUGCAGCAGGUGAGCAAGACUCCAUCGUCAAAUCCAACGGAAGUGUCGAAGAGAAAACAGAGGCUAGCUCAAAGAACGAUGGCACUGAAACAGCAACCGGAGUUGAUGCUGUCAUUUCAGACAAACCAGCUGACACCAAGGUAUUGCCUUCAUCAGGCGACCCUGAAGAAGCAUCGACUGGGAAAGAAGGCCAUGAGAGAGAGGUUGUACAAGGGAAUAGCAUCGACGAGGAGAAUCCUGACGAUGCUGUAGUCACCAAGGAAGUUCCUCCAGCGAACUGCGGUGAUGGUCAGCAUCUGCCCAAGGCAUCUCCUGUGAACUGUUGAAAUAAUUAAGUGGUCUCAGUUAUCCGUGUUGUACUUUGUAGUUUGAACUUGUGGGUCUUAAAUUAAGUAUUGUAACCAUAUCCUCACAUCCUGUAUGUCCUAACUGCAAGCUUUACCCUUUGUCAUCGUUAGUAUGUAACAUUUGAACAGGUUCUGUUACGGUCUUUUAACAUAAUAACUCAUUUCAAUGACAUAACAAGUGGUUUGUUGCUGCAUCAA